CUCUGAGCCCCCCCGGACACUGCUGAGCCCCCAGACUGACGGGGCUGAAUCCCCGGGUGGGGCUGAGCCCCUCACGGACGCGGCUGAACCCCGGGACUGGAGGCGCUGGAUCCCCCUGGACACUCCUGCUGACCCCUCGGACUGACGGGGCUGAGCCCCCCAGGAUCCUGCUGAGCCCCCGGGCCGGUUCUGAGCUCGGGGCUCCGCCGCAGGCACUUGGAGAACUAUCCAGUGGUUCAGUGCUGAGGGAAUUCUGUGGGAGCAUGGCUGGAGCAGGACACGGAGUCUGGGCACAGAAUGCAGGCAGGGAUGCGUGCUGCUGCCUGCCCCGCCGGCUGCGUGCCGCGGGACUGUGACCCCGCCGAGCUCCGCAGCGGGUGCCAGGAGCCAUGAGGAGGUUUGGCUACUGCCGGGUGGUGCUGGCCACCUCCCUGCUCUGGGUGCUGCUGGACGUGUUCCUGCUGCUCUACUUCAGCGAGUGCAACAAGUGCGAUGAGAGCAAGGAGCGCUCGCUGCUGCCCGCCCUGCGCGCCGUUAUUUCCCGGAACCAGGAGGGCCCGGGGGAGAUGGGCAGGGCCGUGCUCAUCCCCAGGGAGGAGCAGGAGAAGAUGAAGGAGCUGUUCAAGAUCAACCAGUUCAACCUGCUGGCCAGCGACCGCAUCGCGCUGAACCGCAGCCUGCCCGACGUGCGGCUGGACGGGUGCAAGAGCAAGGUGUACCCGGAGGAGCUGCCCAACACCAGCGUGGUGAUCGUGUUCCACAACGAGGCGUGGAGCACGCUGCUCAGGACCAUCCACAGCGUGCUGGAGCGCUCCCCGCCGCGCCUGCUGGCCGAGAUCGUCCUGGUGGAUGACGCCAGCGAGAGAGAGUUCCUGAAGGCCUCCCUGGAGAACUACGUGAGGAAGCUGGAGGUGCCCGUGCGGAUCCUGCGCAUGGAGCAGAGGUCGGGGCUGAUCCGGGCACGGCUCCGAGGGGCAGCAGCUGCCAGGGGCCAGGUGAUCACAUUCCUGGAUGCCCACUGCGAGUGCACCCUGGGCUGGCUGGAGCCGCUGCUGGCCAGGAUCAAGGAGGACAGGAAAACCGUGGUGUGUCCCAUCAUCGACGUGAUCAGCGACGACACCUUCGAGUACAUGGCGGGCUCGGACAUGACCUACGGGGGCUUCAACUGGAAGCUGAAUUUCCGCUGGUACCCCGUGCCCCAGCGGGAGAUGGAGCGCAGGAAGGGGGACAGGACCCUGCCCGUCAGGACCCCAACUAUGGCUGGUGGCCUGUUUUCUAUUGACAGGAACUACUUUGAAGAGAUAGGAACUUACGAUGCAGGAAUGGAUAUCUGGGGUGGCGAGAAUCUUGAAAUGUCCUUUAGGAUCUGGCAGUGUGGAGGCUCCCUGGAGAUCGUCACCUGCUCCCACGUGGGACACGUCUUCCGCAAGGCCACUCCCUACACCUUCCCGGGGGGCACGGGCCACGUCAUCAACAAGAACAACCGCCGGCUGGCCGAGGUCUGGAUGGACGAGUUCAAGGAUUUCUUCUACAUCAUCUCCCCGGGGGUGGUGAAGGUGGAUUACGGAGACGUUUCCGUAAGGAGAGCCCUGCGGGAGAGGCUGGGGUGCAAACCCUUCUCCUGGUACCUGGAGAACGUCUACCCCGACUCGCAGAUCCCGCGGCGCUACUACUCCCUGGGAGAGAUCAGGAAUGUUGAAACCAACCAGUGCUUGGACAACAUGGGCCGCAAGGAGAACGAAAAAGUGGGAUUUUUCAACUGCCAUGGCAUGGGAGGGAACCAGGUGUUCUCCUACACGGCGGACAAGGAGAUCCGCACGGACGACCUGUGCCUGGACGUGUCGCGGCUCAACGGCCCCGUGCUCAUGCUCAAGUGCCACCACCUGAGGGGCAACCAGCUCUGGGAGUACGAUGCCGAGGUAUCCCGGGCCCGGGGGGUGGUUUGGCACUAUCCCAGGAUCCCUGAGGCUGGAGAAGCACCCCAAGGUCAUGGAGUGCCAGCUGUGCCCACCCUGUCCCCAGCCAGAGCCCCGAGUGCCACCUCCAGGAGUUCCUGGGACACCUCCAGGGGUGGGCACUCCAACCCUCCCUGGGCAGUUCCAAUCCCUGAGCCCCUUUCCAUGGGGAAAUUCCUGCUGUGCCCACCCUGAGGCUGGAAAAGCCCUCCCAGGUCAUCAAGUCCGUGCUGUUCCCCAUUCCCACUUUGUCCCCAGCUCAGCCACAUCCAGAAAUUCCUUGGGCACCUCCACCCUUCCUGCCUGGACGGCUGGAAUUCUUCCAAUAAAAUACACACAGGGAAUGUGCUGGUUUUUCCCUUAAAUUGACCAGAAUUUCCCAGGAAUUGUGUAAAUCCCAGCUCGGCCAUGAGAUGGAGCUCCUGAAACAGGAAUACUCCAUGUUUUUGUGGCAUCUCCAAGGACUGGCUGCUUGUUCUCCUGGAAAACAUCCCACUGCAUUCCCUGUCCCUGGAUUUAUUGAGUAAAGAUUUUAUUGGCAGUUUUCCUUGGAAUACUCAGAUUUCAGCUGCCCACUUCCCUUUCAUUUCAUUACUGCCAUUAUUAUAUAUUUGUUAGUUAUUAAUGUAUUUAUUUGUUAUUAACGUCCAAGUAUUCUCAAUAUUCAGGAAUUUUUUCCCAAGAUAGCAACCAGUUGUGAUAUUCCAAUUUUUUUUCCCCAGAGAAACAAUUACAGGGUAUUUCCUGGAUUCCUUGUAUUCAUUAAUUUGAUUUUCCAGUGGAAUUACACUGAUUUUUCCUUUCCUUGCUUAUUCAGGCAUUGCAUAGAGGGAUUUGUGGUUGUUUUUAGGAAUUCUGGCUUGGCACUGGACAACAGGGCCACAGCUGGACAUGAAAUUAUCCUAAAAAGGGGUUUCUCUGAGGGAUUUUUGUGGAAUUUUCUGUGAUUUCCUGCUACUAUUAAUUUUUUAUAGUUUCCUAAUUUAAUUUGUGGUAUUUAAAUACUGAAUAGCUUCCAGGCUCCCACUCCUGGUGAUUCCCAUUGUGACAUCUGGGGAAACCUCUGGAUGUGGAGAGGGAUGAGAUCCUGGGCCGUGACACGCACCAAGGGACCCAGGGAAAAAAAUGAAGUUGGAAAUGUGUCACAGCUGAUAGGAAGGAGUUUAAUUCCUUGUGGCUGCAUGGUGACAGCAGUGUUUAUUCCUGAAAAGCUCCUCAGGGUUUAUUCCUGACACAUCCCUCAGGGUUUAUUCCUGACACAUCCCUCGGGGUUUAUUCCAAGGCUGCCAGAGCUCCAGGAGUGUUUGGACACGCUCUCAGGGACAGGAUGGGAUUGUUGGGAUAUCCUGGCAGGGCCAGGGCUUGGAUCAGUGAUCCCUGUGGAUCCCUUCCUGCUCAGAAUUCCAUUAUUUUUUCCUGGAUAAUUGCCACAGUUUGUCCCCAGUCGCGGUGUCCCUGCAAAGCUGUGGAAUUUCCAUCCAGGGAGAGCUGAGGGGCUGCACAAAAAAUGUUCCUUGGAUCACUGACUGCGCUUUCCUUCUGUCUUCCCUUCCCUCAGUAUUUUGGGAAAUGGGAGUAUAGCUUUGAGGUAAGUCUGGUGCAAUCCCUGUGCCAAAUCCCAAUCCCUGGAGUAGCUCCUGUAGCAGUGCCCUCACUCAGUGCUUCUCCAUAGCUGCUGCUCCAGCAUUCCAGAGCUUCCUGCUCCCUGAGCCAGGCUGGGAGAGCUGGGAAUGCUCCCCUGGAGAAGGGAAGGCUCCAGGCAGAGCUCAGAGCCCCUGGCAGGGCC